UUAACAAACUUUUAUCCUUUCUUGAUUUUCAUAUUUUUUUUUUCCUUCUUUUUUGACCAUUUUAAUGAUGACCCUUUUCUUGUAUUUUAAUAAAAAUUGAUUCUUUUUAUGUUUCUUGAAUUUUUUUUUUGUUGGAAUUUUCUAGUUUUUUGUCAAUAUUAUAUGUUUUAGUGAAGUGGGGUGUUAGCCAUUUUUAAUUGUGUGUAUAGAAAUUUUUCAUGUGAAGAAGUUGUUGUUGAUAGAAUUGAAGAAUGGGUUUUGAUGAUAAUAAUAACAAGGAGGAGGAGGAGGUAAAGAAGGGUGGGGUUGGUGAUUCAGAUAGUGAGAUGGAACAUGAGAAUAAAGUGAGUAGACAAAUGAGUGAAAGUUCAAUGUAUACAACUGAGGAUGAAGAUGAAGAUGAAAAUGUUAAUAAGCUUGAGUUGGGUCCUCAAUGUUCUCUUAAAGAACAAUUUGAGAAAGAUAAGGAUGAUGAGAGUUUGAGAA